GACGUAUCAGAUCGAUACUCGGCGAAAAGCGCGGGCCGAGCGGAGACGGCGCGCGGCUGUGUGUAUCUACGGUUGGUCCAUCGCGAGAUCCGGAUGUUACGACUACGCACAAUCUAACGCGGUGGAAUAUUCGAAUCGAUGCCGGCUGAUAUUCUCGCGUCUCCGUGCACGCGCGGAGACGAGAAAAGGGGGGUCUCGGGGCUUUCGUUCCAGCUGCCGCUGUACCGCGCAGCUCAAAAUGACACGCGUAUAUUAUUAUAUGAAUCCCAGAUAGCACCAUGUCCAAAAUCGGGACGUAAGACGUCUUUUAGCCAUCCUCUUUUUUUUCGUAAGAAGUCUAAAAGAUGUCCCGUUUAUGGACAUGCGGUGCUGUCUGGGAUGACUUUACGCGACGAAACUUUAUUAAAAUCCGCAAGUAGUUCGUUUAGCUCGACUAUUAUCUCUUUUCCAAGCAGAGAUCCCUCUUGCAUUCGCUCAUUCCAGCGGCGUUUCCGCCGUUAGAGCUCGUCGAUUGUCCGUUAUUAGUUUUUAAUGAGAGAUAAUCAUGGAAAGACACGCUGAGGAUGGGAGGAAAAAAAGAGAGCCGCGGACGAGAGCGCGGGGGAGGGAGGAGCGAGAGGGGGCUCUACUACGGAGCUCCGUGCAUAUAGUAAGCCAACUGUAGUACUAUGAGUUAGUCACACCCACAAGCCGGUUGUGGGUUCAAGAUCCUCGUACGCUCGUUCUCUCUCUCUUUCUUCCACCAAUAUACGCACACGUGUAAAAGCAUGCGCGUGUAAUUGUAUACGCUGGCGUAUACGCGAGACGUUCCCGCGUACGUAUGGAAUCUAUCGUCUUCGCCCCGGCGCAGUGAGACACUAAACCGCCGAUCCUUGGUACUCCUCUCGCUACAUUCGCAACUCACGACGUUGAUAAAUACCUGAGAUAACGUGGGAAUUUUCGAAGCGUACGGUCGAACGUAAUUGCGAAGACUAUAUACGAUCAAAGACGCGUAUCCGCACAGCGAGAUCUUUAUAGAUUAAUAAUUUACAAUACGUUUCUAUUUUUUUUUAUUUUUUACAUUUUAAAUUAAAACGAUUGACACACAAAGAGAGUCCGUCGAGGAUGAUUUAUGGAUUUAGAGACACCGACGAAGGUUGAUCCCUGGACCGCCUCGAUCGCCGGAUAAGCGCGGUAUUUCAAGGAACAGAUCUGCUUUUAUUCGGCGAGGAACUCUCUCGGGAACUCUCACGUGCUUGCUCGCGCGAGCUAUUAUUCCGCCGACAGAGCGGCUCGCUAUGCUGUAGACAUCAGUGUAGGGUACCCUUACGAGGAAUUCUGUGAAAAUGAUCGAUCUACGAGUUGCGUGCUGAUCCAAAUACGCUCCUCAUACGGAAUUGUCAUUAAAACACGCGUAUUGAGACACGGAUAAGUCCCAUGCUGGGAGGAUGAAAGCGAUUAAAACAUUACGUGCCUGGUUAAUAUGUAAUAUAGUUAAUGCAAACAAAAAUGUAAACAAAAAAAUAUAUAUAAAUUCUACUAGACAAUAUUGUAUUAUAGCUAGGGGACUAGACUCUUUAUGGAGCUAUAAAAGUACAAUUUCGCUUAAGCGAUAGAGUGACUUCACGCGGGGCUUCGUUAUGACGAUGUCGCUUUUACGAAGAUGAAACUUUUUCGGGAGGAUAAUUGGCGGCGGAUUGCAGCUUAGCCAUAUUAUUUGGCACGUUCCGGACGAUGGUCUUCUAAAGAUACCAUCCAUUUCUUUUCCUUGCAGUCAAGUGAAUGGAAUUGGAUACCGUAAAUGCGUACAAUACCGUCGGGAUGGAGCAGGGAUUGUCUGGGGAUCCAUGGGACUGCCUGUUUGGCAGCGACAGCAUCUCCGACGCCUUCCAACAGGGUCGUCCAGAGAUGUUUCAUAUGGGCAUACGGCGUUGCGACAACACGAGCCAAAUCAGCUGGUUUGGUCCAGGCCUCGGUUUCGAUUUCGACGACGUCUUGACGGAGGCCGACGACGAUCCGAUCUGCUUCAAUGACAAAAGCUCGAACAGCAAUCUGGAGGAAUUGAAUCUGGACAGCGACAGUGAAUUGGCUUUGACGCUGGAUCCGAAUUUGAUACUACCGCAUAACAUGUCUAUCUGCCCCGCGACGAACAGCGACGCGGCGAUGAUGGAGACUGCGAGUGUUGAGGAAAACGCCGAAAAUGAGGGAGAAGAGACGGAGAAUGAAAGUGAGGUCGAACGAACCGAAAAUGAUGAAGAAAAUGAAAGCGAAGACGAAGAGGAGAUCGAGAAUGAGGAGAACGAACACAGCGAGACGGAGUACGAGACGGUGGAAGAGGAAACGGAGGAGGAAGAAGAGGAGGAAGACGAGGAGACGGAGGACGACGAGCCGGAUACGACUCUUCAACAGCCGCUCACACCCUUGAGCGUGGAGGCGCCGACAUCGAUGUCAUCGUCGUCGGUCAGCAUCGGCGCCAGGACGUUAACCGCUUCCACCAUCGCUUCCUCGCCGACGAUCCAACUGACGAGGUUGCAUCACCCCAAGAUAAGCACCAUAUCUGGCACAGUCAAGGUCCAGGACAUCAAGCUGCUCGCAGCUAACUCGGGGAAUCAGGUUGCGUUGCAACAGAUCCGCAAACAGAUGUCCUAUAACAACAAUGUGCACGACGUUAGUACGGGUGCGACGACGACGCUGAUGAUACAGGCGGCAAAACGCGAGAAGGACUUAACGACGGGGAACCGCGACAAUUCUUAUCCGAAACCCGCGUACUCGUACUCGUGUCUCAUCGCGAUGGCACUGAAGAACAGCCGAACGGGAUCGCUGCCGGUCUCCGAAAUCUAUAACUUCAUGUGUCGGCACUUUCCCUACUUUACGACCGCGCCGACUGGCUGGAAGAACUCCGUGAGGCACAAUCUGUCGCUGAAUAAGUGCUUUGAGAAAAUAGAGAAGCCGCCCGGCAAUGGUAGCCAGCGAAAGGGUUGCCUCUGGGCCAUCCAUCCGUCGAAGGUGGCCAAGAUGGACGAGGAGGUGCGGAAAUGGUCGAGGAAGGAUCCGACCGCGAUCAAGCGGGCAAUGGUGAAUCCCGACCAGCUAGAGCUCCUCGAGCGGGGCGAGAUGAAAUACGAGGGGGACAGGCACGAGGAGACGUACGAGGAUGCGGAGAGCUACGCCGAUUCCGAGACGGGUGGAUCCGCGGUGGACGAGCCCAUCAACGACGACGAGAACGUCACGUACGACGAGACCAAGCAAGUCGAUAUCGUCGACGAUGAGAUCGUCGUGGAGCAGCUCUACGAGGAUCUCGAUCUCGAUACCACCGAGCUGCUUGAUACGCGACUAAACGACUUCCCGAGGCAGGAGCGGCCGUUGGUGUACGAGUUCGUCUCGUGCGCGAAACGCCAGAAAACGCUCUCGGGCUCGCCGUUACAGAACGAUUACGUUUAUCAGCAGGUCAACGCGGCGUCGCCCCGGAAGAAAGCGCAUCUUGUCGCGCUACGGGCCGGAGGAACCACGCCGGGUGCCGGAUCGCUUCUCGAGCCGGAGUAAACUUAUUGGGACAAUUUAUACGAUCUCCUAUUUAAAUAUAUAUACACGCGGCCAAGUACACAUCCCUCCCCUUUUUUUAUUGCUCGACAACACUGUAAAUAAUUGCGUCACGUAACUUUUUUUAUAGCCUGAGAUUUUGUAAAUAAUUGUGUUUUAUACGACGAUGUACCUUUUUUAUACAACGCGCUUGUAUAUAUAACUGUAAUUUUAAAGUGUACAAAAAUAUCUGUACAUAUACAAUGUACAAAGGCUAUUUUUUUUUUCUUAGAAACCGUAAUGUGGGACCAGCCCGUAGGCGUGCGCAUAGAAAAGUUUUCAAAUAUAAGCGGUCAUUUCAUGUUACACACAUUUACGAGAAAAAGAGCCAUGAUUGAGAAAAAAAUUCCGAACCGAUUGGAUAGGGGACGGCUGUUACACAUUACUGAAUUACUCUUACGCUCGCCUAACGCAUGUCUAACGGCGCCACUACACAAUUUUGUAAUAAACAUUUUUUAACGCUCGUUAAUUACUCGAUUUAUUUUAUUUGCAACUCGCGAAAAUACCGGAUGCGUAGAAAUAAUAAUGCGCCAGCUUCCACGUACCGUCCGCGAAUAGGAAAUAAAUUAACGAACACGAAGCUCACGAAUCGUCACUGCCAAGAAUGGUCAAAGAUAAAAAAAUACGAACGUAGCGGAUAACGCGUAGAUUACAGUAAAGAUAUACGACACGCGAUCUCAUACCGAUCUUACAAGUUUACGAGGACUGCAACUCAUUUAGUGCUAUUCCUUCAUGCGUGAUUAUUAUGUGAAGUUUUUUUUUUGAGAAUGUCUUUUUUAUGAAGUCGUCGUAUUUAGCCCUUCACCGUUAUGAUUUUUAUGUAUUAUACAUGCCGAUGCAUGUCGAUCGACUGAUAUUGCUAUAAUCAACAAUAGGAAAUCUCUAAUUUAUUCUAAUUUUAAUUGGAUCGUCAAUUUAAUGGUAUUGUCAAUUUUUUUACGCGAACAAUUGCGUGAUAACUUCCACGGCAGAAAGUUUAAAGGUGCCAUUUCACGUUAACGCUCAUUUUUAGCGAGCAAAAAUCUUCAAAUAUAAAAUAUAUUUUAUUUAUAUAUAAUACAUAAAUUUACUUAUAUAAUAUAAAUAAGUAAAAAAUAUUUCUAGGGUCACGUGGUUUCGCUUUCACGCUAGCGUCAAGAAAUAAAGUUGAAUUUAUUCAACAUCCACCGUUGACGCUGAAUCGUCGUUGAUCGUCUCAGUACAAUAAAAAAUAGACUUCGAAAUACGUAAAAUAUUAAUUAUUUUC